AUGAUUCUCCUUACUUUCCAGCUGCCUACUGGCUGGGAAAUGAAAGAAUCAGACUUGCCACAUCUGCAAUACCCUGGUCUGAACCAUAUUGAUUAUGAUUCACAGAAGCAGACGCUGUUUGCCCUACUUGAUCAAUUCACAGAGGCGGAAGCGGAGAACUUUGGUGGACGUGAUAACCUAGUGCGAUGCAUCAGCCCUACACUUAACCAAACAAUGUCUUUCGAGCACCUGAAGCCGGCUCUGAUAGGUGUACAAGAAUACGGCCCUCCAAAGCAAAAGACUGAAUAUUCUUUCUUGCUAAAUAACUGCAAAGGCUACUGGAACUCCCGAUUUUCUGCAUAA